UCAAAAAUUGAAAAUUCAAACGUUUUCUAUGCCAAUGGCCAGAAUGAUGUCUUUACUCAUGACAAAUUUAAUUUAAUUUGUCAUGUCUUGUCUUUACUCUAAAUUCUAGUCUUUUCUAAAUUUAAACUUUUGUAGUUUCAUUAAAUUUUACUAAUAUUAUUUUGCAUUUAUACACAUUAUGAAGGUAGUCGUUCAACGUGUUUCAAGAGCCAAAAUUUCAGGCAUCUUCAAGUAAAAUCCAAUGAAUCAAAUAUUUUGGAAUCAUCAAACAAAAUGCUAUCGAAAAUAUGAAAUAAGACAUCAUCUAUCAAAUUUAUGAAUUUUUUUUUUGGUGGACAUGAAGUAAAUUCAAUAACUAAAGGCUUAUGUUUGUUAGUCGGUUUGCAGAAAACUGAUAAAAAAAACGAUAUUGAUGCCAUGGUACAGAAGAUAUUAAAACUACGUCUUUUCGAUCAAGAUGAAAAAAAGUGGCAUUGCAAUGUUAUGGACAUGAGUUAUGAAAUAUUGUCAAUUAGUCAGUUUACUCUCUGCUAUAAACUUAAGGGAAACAAAUUAGAUUUUCAUAUGGCUAUGCCUGGAAAUCUUGCAUUGCAAAAUUAUCAAUAUUUUUUGGAGACUUUACGUUCAAAUUACAACCCUAGCAAAAUUAAAGAUGGAGCAUUUGGGGAAAUGAUGGAAGUUGAAAUAGUGAAUGAUGGACCAGUGACUGUUCAAUUGGAAUUUCCUAAUCCUGAAAAAUGUUUGGAUGAAAAGUCUGAGAAAUUGGGUGAUGUGGAUGAACAUUAGAUUAAAAAACAUUACUUAUUUGAUAUAUACCUAUAAAUAAUAUGUGCCUUCAUACACUAACUUAGUAAUUCAGUGCAUUAAAUAAAAUAUUGUUAAUUUGAAA